UUUCUCUUUAAUUUAUAGAGGUUGUGAUAAAUAAUAUAACUGUGAUGAAACUUUCAUGUAAAUAUGAAGAACUUUGAGCCAGCCAAUGGCAACAGCAUUGAAUUUAAAGUUAAUGGAAAAGAUUAUGUGGUCCAAGAUCCCGAUCCUACAACAUCCCUAAACUCAUGGAUGAGAAUUCAACCAAAACUGACCGGAGUAAAAGUGAUGUGUGAGGAAGGGGGGUGUGGGUGUUGUGUUGUCACGCUGCAAAAACCAAACGAGACUCCAAAGGCGGUCAACUCGUGCUUAAUGCCUCUGUGUGCUGCUGAUGGCUGCACCUUCACCACUGUUGAAGGAUUAGGCAACCAACAAGAUGGUUAUCAUCCAAUACAAACUAAUGUUGCUCAGUUUGGUGCAAGCCAGUGUGGAUACUGCACACCUGGUUUUGUAAUGAACAUGUACAGUCUCUUAAGUGAAGACCCAGCCCCCACACAACAGAAGAUUGAGGAUAGUUUCGAUGGAAAUAUUUGUCGUUGCACUGGUUACCGUUCCUUACUCGAUGCUAUGAAAUGUUUCGCAUGUGAUGCUGACCCUAAUCUGCUUGCUCAGUGCAAGGAUAUUGAGGAUAUUGGUAAAGCACCUUGUAAAGGCAGCUGCAAAACCAAUGUUGGAGUAAGGUCCAUUAAAGUGAGCAGUGAUGCUACUACUUGGUUGAAACCUACUUCCAUGCAAGACCUGGUUUCUAUUAUGCAAGGAACCGAUUCAAACCAGUUUAAACUGGUUUGUGGCAAUACUUCAUCAGGUGUUUUUAAACCAACUAGUUUUCCCAAGUACUUGGUUGACAUUAACUUUGUUCCUGAUCUGACCACCACAUUCAACUACUCAACUAUGGUCAAAUUUGGCUCUUGCAUCACACUUAGCAGCAUUGUUAAAUUGCUCAAAGAAAAGACAAGCGAGUCUGUCACCUUCGCACCACUUGUGGAACAUAUUCUCAAAAUUGCAGGCCUCCCUGUUAGAAAUGCUGCAUCAUGGGCUGGCAACAUGAUGGUAAAACAUUUACAUCGAGAAUUUCCUUCUGAUGUCUGUGUGUUAAUGGAAGGAGCUGGUGCAAAAGUCAACGUGCUCAAUGCAGACACUGGUAUCACCACCACAUGCUCUGUGUUCGGCACAAACGGACUUAUGAGCUUGGAUAUGAGCAAGAAAGUGCUUGUGUCAUUGGAAAUUCCUAAACUUGUAAAUGGAAGUGGGAAGAAUCAUGUUUUUAUUUCCUACAAGAUCAUGCCAAGAUCUCAGAACGCCCAUGCCUAUGUGAACGCAGCUUUUUACACUGAAGUCAUAAAUGGCAAACCAUCAAGUGAAAUAAGGAUUGUUUAUGGAGGAAUUAGACCUGAUUUUGCUCGAGCAACCGAAACAGAGAACUUUCUUGUUGGAAAAGAAAUAUCAGAUGCUAAUCUUACGUCAUCUAUUAAGUUGCUUUCCCAAGAGCUGGCACCAGUUCAACAAGACCCAGUUGAUGCCAGUGUUUCAUACAAGCUUAAUUUGGCCCUUGGACUUUUCUAUAAGUUUUAUGUUUCACUGUACGACCCAAGCAAGUUAGGUCCUGGUAUUGAGAGUGCAAUUACUCCAAUGCAGCGACCGGUUUCCACCGGUACACAGACGUUCAAACCGGAUCCAACCACUUACCCUGUAUCACAAGAUAUCCCAAAACUAUCUGGGAUUCUGCAGGCAUCUGGUGAAGCUUAUUACUUAAGUGAUAGACUUCCUACCAAGGAUGAGUUGCAUUGUGCUUUUGUUACAUCAGAUGAUGGGAACGUAGAUAUUGAUGUAAUUGAUGAUAAAGAUGCUUCAAUGAUGCCCGGUUUUGUACAGAUUAUAACAGGGACUAAUUUUCCAAGCGGGGUAAAGAACACGCAUCUGUACCCCUUUGAUACAAGCCAACCAUUGCUUGCUACUGAUCAUGUGGAGUUUGCUGGACAACCACUUGCUAUUGUAGUAGCAGAAUCCGAUGUGCAAGCACGUCGAAUUGCUGCUGCUGUAAAAGUUAGUUAUAAGAACAAACAGAAAGCUGUUAUCAGCAUUCAAGAUGCAAUUGAUGCAAGUUCAUUUUUCCCGAGUGCAGAAAACAACUUUAAAAUGGGGGAUCCUGAUCAAGCUAUUGCAGAUGCUAAGCAUAAGGUAACAGGAGAAUGUGAGCUUGGACAGCAAUAUCACUUCUAUAUGGAGACACAGUAUUGUAGAGCUGAGCCAACCGAGGAAGGCGGUUUUAGCAUUGAAGCUGCAACUCAAGGACAAUCCUGGGUUCAAAAUGCCAUUGCAUAUGCAUACAGCUUGCCGUGUAACAAAAUUGAAGUGGCAACCAAGCGGGUAGGAGGAGCUUAUGGCGGCAAAUCAACAAAUUCAUUGAUUACAUCUUGUGCUGCUGCUCUUGCCGCUUAUUGUACAAGGAAACCUGUUCGUUUCCAUGCGGAUCUGAAGACAUGCAUGUCAACUUAUGGAGCAAGGGUACCAUAUCUGCUUAAGUACACAGUUGGUUGCGAUGACACUGGAUUAAUCCAAGGCCUUGAUUGGACAAUUUACACGAACAGUGGCCCGACAACUAUGGACAAUGAGUCAGACUUGGGAGAUCUUCAGUCAUUUGGUGACAGUGCUUACUUCUGUGAGAAUCGUAAAUACAAACUUGUUGCAUGCAAGUCCAACAUACCUUCCCCAACAUGGUGUAGAUCACCAGUCAGCUUACAGAUGAUUGCCUUUAAUGAGGUGAUGGUUGAGCACAUAGCUGACCAACUUAACAUUGAUCCAAUACAAGUAAAGCAAGUGAAUCUAUAUAAACAAGGCCAGCAUAACCUCUACAAUGAACAACUGUUGUUCUGUAAUAUAAGAGAUAUUUAUAACAAUCUGUUGUCUGAAUACAACAUCGCUGAAAGACAAGCUGCUAUUGUAACUUACAAUCAAAACAACAAAUGGAAGAAGAGAGGUCUUGCUGUCACUCCAAUAAAGUGGGGAGUAUCAUGGAGCUGGAUGAAACACACAGUGUUGGUGUCCAUAUGUUCAGAUGAUGGAAGCGUGAUUGUUUCACAUGGAGGGAUUGAAUCAGGACAAGGGAUUAAUACAAAGGUUGCACAAGUUGCUGCAUAUGAGUUAGGCAUACCUAUGGACAAUGUAAUAGUUCAACGAACAACUAACAUUACAUCAAUGAACAGCGAUGUUACUGGCGGAAGUAUUACAAGUGAAAUCAAUUGCAAGGCAGUGAUAGGGGCAUGCAAAAUCUUGAAGUCCCGUAUCCAGCCAGUCAAAGAUAAGAUGGAUCCUGCUUCUACAUGGAAAGAAGUUAUUGCCAAAUGUUAUGAGGAUGAUAUUGAUCUUGUGGUGUCUCAUAUGGUAACUAAAGAUGGCGGAACAAUACGUUACAACUCGUAUGGCGCUACUGCCUCCGAGGUGGAGUACGAUGUAUUGACAGGCGAGCAUCAAAUAUUAAAAGUCGACACAAUUUUUGAUUGUGGUAUCAGUUUAAACCCAUCAGUUGACAUUGGACAAGUAGAGGGAGCUUUUGUUAUGGGUAUUGGCUUCUGGUUGAUGGAAAGGUAUGUAAGGGACGCAGAUACUGGUAAACUUCUUAUUGAUGGAACAUGGGAGUACAAACCCCCAACAACUAAGGACAUUCCUAUUAACUGGAACAUUCAGCUCCUUAAAGAUGCUCCUAACCCACUGGGAGUGCUUCGUUCUAAAGCAUCAGGUGAACCCCCCAUGUGUAUGGCAGUUUCUAUUCCAUUUGCAUUGAAACAAGCUUUAACAUCAAGCAGAGCCGACCAUGGAAUAACAGGAUUCUUUCCGUUGAAAUUUCCUGCUACAGUUGAAACGUUACAUGAGUUAGUGAAACUGGAUCCCGUGACCAACUUCACGCUUCAUUAAUUACCAUGAUUAUGCUCGUGAUUUCUAUUUCCAUUCUGUAAUAAUCCUAUCACGCCACCGCUGUAAGAAAAUCUAAUUUUCAUUUGUAUUUUAAGUUCCAUUAAGCAUAAAUUCCUUAAGUUUAAAGUGUAAUGUGUAUUUACCCCUAGCCUUACAUUGUGUAAUUUUUUAGGUCAAUUCAGUAUCAAUUAACCAGUAGAAAUUAUUCUGCAUCGCAAAGACCUUACAUUUAAAAGUUAUGAAAUAGAAGUAACAAAUAUAAAAACUGCAUCACACCUUGAUUAUGUUAAUAUUACUGUUAGAUACUUGGCCAAUGUAAAUGUUACACAGUAAAAUUUUUUGGCAAUCUUUUACUCGAUGCAAUAUUUUUACGCGAUGGAUAUUUGUGGCAAUAUUUUUCUGCACGCUGUAAUUUUUUGGCCAUUUUUUGCAAUUUAACCAAGAAAAAGCAUAUUUUACUGUAGCCUACCGGUGUUUUGUACUAUGCAGGUCAUUCAAGUUCAAUAUUUUUAUUUAUGCAACUAAAAGUAAAUAUGUAUUCACUUAUCUAUAAUAUUUCUGUAAAACGGUGAUGUAGUGGUACUACUUAGUAAUUGUACUUUUAAAUUGUGUUGGUGAUUUUCAUGAUUUGCCAAAUAGUGUUGCUUAUGUUUAAUGAUGUUCUUUUUAAGUUAAACAGAACUUUUUUCGGUAGUAGAAAAAUUCCAAAACCAGAAUUAGCAUGUGUGGUAAUUCGUGAAUCAUGUAAAAUAAAUUAUUCAUUCUCAAACAAGA